CACAUUUCUUCACAUUGGAUGUCUCGUCAAUGCUCUCCUCUUCGGGAUAAACUCUGCGAGAGCUUUUCGAUGCUUUUUUUAUGCAGAUACAGACUCAAAAAGCAGAGUAAAAAUUGCAUUCGUCUAUUCAGGAUGGGUUAUGAGCACCCUUCACAUGGUAUCAUCCUUCGCAAUGAUGGUUCAAUAUACGUCAUUCGAGAUAAUGCGGCCCGACGAGUUGUCAUCUUGUCAUUGGAGCCUUGCACUACAAAUUAUGCUCACAACAUUCGGAAACGGAAUUUCAAGAAGUUAUUCCGUUUUCAGGCUUUAUAACUUUAGCAACAAAAUAGGAUCGAACGUGAAGUACGAAAGAACGCGAUACGGAAUGAUUAUUGUCGCAGUCUUCCUUUGUUUAUUAAGCCUAGGUAGCGGUUUAGCGCUUAGCAUAAUCUUAUUUAUCCAUAGCCAGUUUGCAUACUUGGUAGAGCGACCGUACAUUGUCUAUUUACUGCUAUUCUCGACUUGCAUCUCCGAUGUCUUCGUAUGUUCGUGCCUUUUGAGAUUUUUCUGGAAAAUGCACCAAGAAAAUAUCAUAGGUCAACGGGCAUUAGUUUCCGGUGUCCGUACUAAUACCUCACUCAAGAAAUUGGCUGCGUACCACGCAGGAGAUUGUCUUAUCGCCUCCUGUGUCAACUUAGCAUGCAUGGUGACGUUCUCAAUACUAUCAGACAAACCCAUCUACUUGUCCAUUUAUUGCAUAACAUCGCAACUAUAUUUCUGCUCUACACUCGUGACCGAGAAGAUUUGCCGUAAUGUAAAUACGGUAUCGGGCCGACCUAGGACCAUAUCACUGACCGACUCAGUACCACACACAAGCACAGCACGCUCUGGACUAAAAAUUCCUCGCCACAAACGAAAUAGUUCGAAAAACGUGGGGCUAAUGAAGGUAAUGGUGAAAACUGAUGUUGAAUGCACGUCCGACUCCGUCGAGCCAAAACAAUCCCUGUCAACCGACAGUUCGCUUUCGAGUACUUCUACAGAAGUGGCAACUGGUUGUGAUAAAGAUCUAGAGUUGAUGAGCGAAAGAAGGACAGCGUAACUCAACAAUAAUAUUAGGUAUUAGUCUUAGUGAACCAUUUCUGUAUUUCUCCCUUUGCAUUUCAAUUGCUAG